CACCUCCAUCUUUAAACACCAGAGAGAAAAAUAGCUUCCGCUCAGCCGUACACAGACAGAGAACCUGCGUUUAAUUCACAUUUAUGGCAUAUUAAAAUCCGAAUCUGUGCUUUUAAUCGUUUAAUUAGACUAGAUGACACCCGAGGAGCUCAUGGGAGGCACGUUAAAUGCAUUAGAUACUUUAUUUCUUCAUUGACAUCCUUAAAAACAGAAGGCGGAAAAAACAUCGAGAGCUGCUGGCCUGUCGCGAGAGAAAAACAGCGUUGAUUUGAACUGCGCAUCUCUCCUUCUUUUGUCCAUCUCUCUCUGGUUUCUCUUCACUCACUCCCGAUUGCCGGAGAUGAGUAGUGGAAGAUGUCGGUUUCGGGACUGAAGGCCGAGCUGAAGUUUCUAGAGUCCAUUUUCGACCCGAAACACGAGCGGUUCAGGAUCAUCAACUGGAAGCCGGAUGAGCUGAGCUGCCAGUUUAACGUGACCGGAGAAAAGCUGCUAAUUAUUCACUGCAAUAUCACGGAAUCCUACCCGUUGACUCCCCCAAUAUGGUUUGUGGACUCCGAUGACCCCAGUCUUACUCAAGUACUAGAACGUCUUGAGGAUGUCAGAAAGGGCAGUACACUGCUCUUGCAGCAGCUGAAAAGGCUGAUCUGCGAUCUGUGCCGCCUAUAUAACCUUCCCCAGCACCCUGAUGUGGAGAUGCUGGACCAGCCCCUUCCUGCAGGGCCUGUCAACCAGGAAAAAAAAAUUGGGACCACAGAUGAGGUCACUUCAGAAGAGGAGGAAGAAGAGGAGAUGGGAGAGCAGGACAUUGAGGAUCUCGAUCACUAUGACAUGAAAGAGGAGGAACCAGUGGAUGGAAAGAAGUCCGAGGAUGAUGGGAUUGAGAAGGAGAAUUUGGCAAUCCUGGAGAAGAUCCGGAAGAACCAGAGGCAGGACCACUUGAAUGUAAGUGCUCAUUCGGGUGCAGUGUCUGGAUCUGUUCAAGCAUCAGAUCGCCUCAUGAAGGAGCUCAGGGAGAUCUACAGAUCUCAGAGUUACAAAAAUGGCAUAUACUCCGUGGAGCUUGUCAAUGACAGCCUGUAUGAUUGGCAUGUCAAACUAAGAACUGUUGAUCCAGAUAGUCCUCUGCACAGUGACCUCCAGGUGCUGAAAGAAAAGGAAGGAAUGGACUACAUCCUUCUCAAUGUCUCAUACAAAGAUAAUUUCCCCUUUGAUCCCCCAUUUGUACGUGUAGUUUCUCCUGUCCUGUCUGGAGGUUAUGUACUUGGAGGAGGAGCCCUGUGUAUGGAACUACUGACUAAACAGGGCUGGAGCAGUGCCUAUUCCAUAGAGUCUGUUAUCAUGCAGAUAAAUGCCACUUUAGUCAAGGGAAAAGCAAGAGUGCAGUUUGGAGCCAAUAAGAAUCAGUACAAUCUUGCCAGGGCACAGCAGUCAUAUAAAUCGCUGGUGCAAAUUCACGAAAAGAAUGGCUGGUACACACCACCAAAAGAAGAUGGGUAAACUCCCUGGAUUCAAACAUGGACACAUUAUCUUGGGGUGGACAUCUUUCUUUCAUUUAUUCCACUCAUCCCUCUUGCUAAUUGGAGACUUAUGUGAUUUUAUGAAAAGCAUGAGAUCUGAGCUGAGGAGCCCACCUUACCAACUCACCUCUACAGUACAUGACCUUCUGUUUUCUCUUUCCAGCUCUCUCUCUCUUGCUUUCUCCUCUCUGCCACUCUUUCUCAUCACUGAUUUAAUUUAAACAGGAUAUUCAAACUGAAAAGGGUUAAUUUGGUCAAAUUUGAAAGGGCCAAAUUUGACCCACCUCAAAAGCCUGUGACAUUUCGCACCUAUUGGAUGAAUGUUUGUUUGACAUCUCAGAUAGUUCCAUGACCUCAGCAAAGUGGCCCUGAUGCUACUGUCUUCUCACUUAAACAUCUGAAAGAUCUGACACACAACAGAGCUGUUCUGCAACUCUUCUUAAGAAGAUCCUGAUCCACUAAGCAGUGGAAGAAAUGUGCUUUACUGGCAACAUAAUGAAAACACAUUAGCAAGUUUAGCGUGGGCAAGUUGGACUUUAAAAUUGUCGUCAAAAUCAACUCCAUGAACAAGUAAACCUGUAAAGAUUUAAAGUGUUUGGGAGAAUGAGGAGAAUUGUUUCCAUGGCAAACAUUCAAAAUUGAGUUCUAAAGACCCCAUUGGAGUCGGGCAUAUAGCUGAACUGCUAUAUGCCUGCCUGCAAUAGGGAACUUAUUCACUUCUUAAAAUGCAUUACUAAAAUAAGGAAACAGAUGACAUAAUGGAAAUCCUCAUGGAGCUAACACCUUAUGUUUUAUGUAUGCAUUAUGGCUACUGUUGUUUUUGUUCUUUGUUUGAGAAUAGGAGUUGAUGUGUAUGGUUAUGCUGUUAUAGUAAUGGAAUCGGAGACCAUUCCUGUUUAACCAGUGCAUAUUCUGCUGCAAGUUAUUAUUAACAAUCCUGUUAUGCCACCCUGCAAUGCCAAUAUACUCAAUUGAGACACUUUUUUUCAUCUCAACACAGGCACAUAGAUAAGUAUAGAGUAGAUUGUGGCAAAGAAUUUGCAAAACCACAAUUUCCAGACAGUGGCAACAAAACCAGGUUUUGUAAAUUUUGUUUACUAAGUUGUUUAAAGCCCCAUCGCAGUCUCUAUGGGGAAACCUGAAAGGUGACCAAUAAUGCCUUAAAAAGGAGAGAAAAAUGUAGUGUGCAGUAAUUUUUGUCCAAUUUUAGGCAACCCUUCUCACUGUCCUUCUAUUUACCUCCAAGCCUUUGCCUCAUGUAUUCCUAUUUAGCACUAGUUUCUAAAGGGUUAUUUGAGAGUGAGAGCAAUCGGACCAUUACGAACACAUGGAGAUAAAAGCCCUUCUGUAGUGUUAAUAUUGUUCAAAUUCAAAAUGUGGUUCGUUCAUACGGCAACAUGCCCACCAAAGCUUUGACAAUGUUGAACUCUGUCAGUUUGUUCUGUUUUACUGUUGUCCAUAUUUCGUUCUCAAAUGGAUGAUGUUUGGACACUGCUCAAUGGGUGUAAUAGCAUUUAAACCCUAAAUUCCUAUUUUGUUAAGUAUUUGUAUGCACUUGAAAAUGUUAGGCUGUUUUUUUUUUUUCUCUCUCUCUCUCUCUCUGAGAUUCCCACACAGCCAGAACAAUAUGUUCACUGUUUCACUUUUUUUUAUAUAUAUAUAUAUAUAUAUAUAUAUAUAUAUAUAUAUAUAUAUAUAUAUAUAUAUCUUUGAAAUGCCACUGACAUUAAGCCAUAUUUGGAAUCCUUAGACAUAUUUUUCUUCCAGAUAUUUCACUCUACUCAGUGACACAUUUUAGCCUGAUAUAACUGUGCACAGAUUUUGCCAGAGCACACUUAAAUCCACAUUACUACACGUCAUCGUCUAAUUUCAGGGUCAGUUCAACAUUGAGUGUUUCAAAUGGGGAGAAGUAUGUUAACAAGAGCUAAUUCCUGAUCUGUUUGAAGAGUCUUAACGUCUGACAGAUCCAUUUUUCUUUUAAAGUGCAAGUUGUGCUGUAAUCUCAUGCGUCAUACAUUUUAAGCUAUGAGUGACAUGCUGGGGUUGGUUUUGGGGCGAUGUUGGUUUGAGAUCAUGGUUUCCUUCAUCAGUGGAGGGGUGGGGAGGGGUUAAAUGAGAAAUGCACUGUUAGCAUGCUUUGGUUUUAUUGCUUUUUUCAUUGUAAGUGUAAUUUUGACCAUGUACAGUACAAUUUGUAAACU